AUGAAUGAAUAUUCAGCUAUAGUGACCCUAAAAUGUAAGCAGCAAGUCGUCCGCGCUGUCCGUUUCAACGUAGACGGCACGUACUGCUUAACUUGCGGAGCGGAUAAGAAAAUCAAACUUUGGAACCCUCAUAGGGAGCUUCUACUCAAAACUUACGGUGGUCACGCGAACGAGGUUCUGGACGCAGCCGGAUCUUGUGAUAGCAGUCACAUAAUAUCGUGCAGCAGCGAUAAAUCCGUCAUUCUGUGGGAUGUUACCACCGGGCAGCCAAUACGUAGGUACCGAGGUCAUGCUAGUUCAGUCACCUGCAUCAAGUUCAAUGAGGAGUCGAGUAUGGCUGUAUCGGGGUCCGUAGACAACACUGUAGCUUUCUGGGACAUUGUCAGCCGCAGGCAGGAGCCAGUGCAAGUAUUAAAAGAUGCCAAAGACACAAUAACCUCCAUUCAAGUAACUGAUCAUGAAAUAUUGACGUGUUCCGUCGACUGCCAUGUUCGUUUAUAUGACAUAAGAGUGGGUAAGAUGCUAUCAGACUUAAUAGGUCAGAUAGUGACCUUCGGAAAUUUGACCCAUGAUGGGCAGUGUUAUGUUUUAAGUUGCGUCGACGGUACUGUGAAAUUAUUUGACAAAGAUUCAGGUGAGAUACUUAAUACUUUUACAGGACAUGAGUGCAAAGAUUUCAUGCUUGAAAAUGCCGUCAAUGAGAAAGACAGCCACAUUAUGUCUGGGUCUGCAACUGGAGAGAUCUUGUUUUGGGAUCUAAUAAGCAGCCAGUGCACAAGUAAAUUGGUGCACAGUAGAAAUAGGCCUGUGAUUUCAUUGAGCCACCAUCCGACUGAGAGUUACUUGCUAACAGCAAGUGAUGAUGAAAUAAAACUUUGGGGUAACAAGGUCUCGGAAGACUGA